AUGCUGGAGGAUUUAUUUCUUUCCAUCGCAACAAAGAUUGCAGAAUAUGCAGUGCAUCCAAUUUUACAUCAUUCUCAAUACUUGUGUUGUUUCAACAACUUUGCUUCCAAUCUUCCAAAUGCCAAAGAACAAUUGGAAUUGACUCGAGAUGGAGUGAAGGAGCGAAUAAGAGAAGCCAUCAAUAUGGUUGAAAAAGUUGAGCCAACUGUUGAGAAGUGGCUGAAAGAUGUUGAAAACGUCUUAGAAGAAGUGCAAAUGUUGGAAGAAAGAAUAUUGUGCGUGAACAAAAGCUAUUUCAGAAGGCAAUGUCGAUAUUCUCUGGCAAAACAAAUAGAAAGAAAAACAACUGAAAUGAUUCAGCUCCAUCGUAAUAGCAAGUUUGAACCCUUUUCGAGGAUUACUGAACUCCCAGGCAUGCAGUACUAUUCUUCCAAAGAUUUCUUUAUGUUCAACUCUACAGUAGCAUCUUACAACAAGCUUCUAGAAGCAUUAAAUAACAAAAGUGCUUUCAUAAUUGGAUUAGUUGGAUUAGGAGGGUCAGGGAAAACUACUUUGGCAAAAGAAGUGGGUAAAAAAGCAGAAGACAUGAAACUCUUUGGGAAGGUUGUCUGGGCAACAGUGUCUCAACCUCUAAAUAUAAGAAGUAUUCAAGAUCAAAUUGUUGAUCAAUUGGGCUUCAAGUUAACGGAAGAUUCAGAUAUAGGUAGAGCUCGUAGACUAUCAGAGAGAUUAAAAAAAGGUACAACUCUUAUAAUCUUGGAUGACAUAUGGGAAAUUCUAAACUUUGAAGCUUUAGGUAUUCCGCUUAAUGAAAGUAGUAAGGCUUGUUGCGUAUUGAUAACUACUCGAAGUAAAGAAGUAUGCACUUCUAUGCAAUGCCAAAGUAUUAUUGAACUAAAUCUUUUGAGUGACCAGGAAGUUUGGACUUUGUUCAGACAUUAUGCAAACAUAACUGAUGACUCCUCAGAAGUUUUGAAAGGUGUGGCAAGAAAAAUUGUUCAUGAAUGUAAGGGAUUGCCCAUUGUAAUUGUGACCGUGGGAAGCAUGCUAAAGGAUAAAACUAUUGCAAAUUUUGAGUUAGCAUGUUCAAGGCUAGAAAAUUAUGAGCCACUAGAUAUUCCGAAAGGCUUAAUAAGUCUUUAUGUUUGUGUUGAAUUAAGUUACAGUAAUUUGACAAGCCAAUUAGCUCAAUCCUUAUUAUUGUCAUGUUCUAUGUUUCCAGAGGAUUGUGAAAUAGAUUUGGAAGAUUUGUUUCGAUUUGGAAGGGGAUUUGGCACAAUUGGGACGUUUGGAACGAUGGAGGACGCAAGGGGAUGGAUAAAUGCAGCUAUUGACAUGCUAAAGAAUUGUUUUUUGUUAAUGGAUGCAAAAGAAAAACAAAGGGUAAAAAUGCACGAUGUGGUUCGUGAUGCAGCGUUGUGGAUUGCGUCUAAAAGUGGUAAAGCAAUUUUCACACGUACUGAAGUGGACCCAAGAGCUUUGGAAGAUGAUGAAACCCUGAAAGAUAUGAAAGCAAUAGCCGUAUGGGGUUUGAAAAGUUAUGAUGUUCUCAAUUAUAAAAUAAAUUGUCCAAUACUUGAAACUCUUUUGCUUUCUUUUAAUGUGAGUGAUGGCGUAAAAGUAUCAGAUGGGUGUCUUCAAAGCUUGGAAAACCUUAAAACCUUAGCAAUCUUAAACUCAGUUGGGUGGAAGCACGAUGAAUUGCCUUUGCAAGAGUCAUUGAAGUCAUUAAAAAACCUUCGAACACUAUGCUUGAGGAGUUGUAAUUUAGGUGACAUCUCUUUUGUGGAAAGUCUGCAAGCAUUGGAGAUUCUUGACUUGCGUGGCUCUUAUUUUGAUUAUUUGCCCGUUGGGAUUGUAGAAUUAAAGAAGUUGAGGAUUUUGGAUUUGUACAAAUGUCUGGUUAAGAAAAAUGAAAACGUUGAAGCUUACGAAGUUGUAGGGAAAUGUUUGCAGCUUGAGGAAUUGUAUUUGCAUUUGAUGAAUUAUGAAAAUGCCUUUCCACGUGAUGUCUCUUUCUCCAGAUUACAAAGGAGGAUGAAAUUACCAUCGCAUUCAACCAAUUGGAUGUUUUAUUGUUUAAUCCCCAACUCAAAUUUAGAAAUCUUUGGUUGAGUGAUUUUAGAAUAAAAGGUCUCUUCCAAUUCCAAAUGGGAGAAGAAGGUGGCACUACAGAACUGGUUCCCCUAAACUUGGAUAUAGAGUCUCUAAGAUUGGAGAAUCUACCUGAGCUCAACUUCAUAUGGAAAGGCCCCACAGCUUUUCUAAGCUUCCAAAAGCUCUGGCGUAUUAUCGUGGAAGAAUGUCCAAAAUUGAAAACCAUCUUCUCCACCACAGUUGUUACAAGUUUACCAAUGUUGAGAA